UCCGACUGAUCACCAUCAUUACAACCUUGGCAACUUUCUUAUCGCAUUAUUUGUUUACAUUAUCCAGGGGAGGGAAACCGGACACUAGAAGGCCCAUGCAAUGGAUACAAAGGAUACUGAUGCAUUAUUCCUAAGAUGGCACAGUGUGUCUCACCUUCCAGGUCGAACAAGAGCAAGCAACGGCUAGGCCUUGUACAUUGCUCAUUUAGAAAACUUUCGCUUCGCUUGUGAAAACCAUUGUCAUCGCCUCUUCCUUUUCUACUCUCAUAAUUGACCCCGCUGUUUCUCUCUGCUUUACCAUUUGCCUUCGCCCUCAAACAUGCAAUCCACCAUUGAACGGGUGCUCUCGAUCCGAGAGGUGUUCCUCGACAUUCUUGAACUGUUCGAUCCCGCGACAAAGGAGGGGCGUCGAACCCUUGUAUCCGCUGCACAAACUUGCAGGGCUUGGAAAGACCCUGCACUCACUGUGAUUUGGCGUGUGGCGUCCUCUCGAGAUCUCGUGCGCCUCAUGCCAAUCAACCGUCCUUUAUCUCAGCAUGGAGCCAAUCCAUAUGAGUGGGCUAAAUGUCUAAAUUUCGAACACUACAAGCGCUUAUUACGAUAUGCGCCAUAUAUAAUCGAACUGGAGCAUGACGAUCGAAUACCUGGCUCAGACAUAAAUGCACUCUGGGUUGAGGCGUUCAUGACAGGGCCUGCCUCUCCGGUUCAUGAUCCUGACCGUCAACCCAUCUUCCCGAAACUCUCGCAUAUUCAGUGGUGGCGUAACGUACCUCCCAUUACUGAAACCGAAAAGAAGAACCUGCCUAGCUCAGGACCUGGCUCCGCCCUUAACAUUGCACCGAAUCGUGCGCUGUCCUUCAUCAAGUCGAUUGUGUCGCCAAGAGUGUCCUCAUUACAUCUCGACUUCCACGUAUCUCCCUCUAUCGGUCAGCUCACAAAACUGAUCAACGGCUUGCCGAAUCUGGAACAGUUGACUAUCCCAAUGGUGUUAGCACCAUGGACGGCCAACUUGUUCAAUGCCAUAUCUAAGCUCAAGCACUUGAAAAGCUUCUCUAAUAUCACGCAGUGCUUUGAAGAAGAAGACGCGACUCUUUACCACGAAUUCAUACCCUCCUUGGAGAAGGGUUCAUUCCCUUUUCUAGAUACUUUAAAGCUCAACUGUCAUCCUGCCGUCGUGAACCGACUUCUCAAUUUGCGAAACUCGCCACCCUUUCUCGCACGCCUCGCAGUGCGUAUCCCAUAUACCACCCCAUCAAAAGAUCUCUAUUUCCUGUCCGACACAAUCGCAGACAGGUGCUAUUCGUCGAUCAGGAGAGUAAGGUUCGAAUGUAACGAAGCCACCUCCCCGUUUCACCCAAAGCUCGAACAUGCAGGAGAAGACAUUGCGCUUCAAUGGUUCUCCUCCCUCUUUCGCAUCGGUCACUUGCAAUCUUUCGAGAUCUCUUGCAUGAGGGACAUAGUGUAUUCGCGAUCUCUCUUGCAAGAGCUUGCAUGCGCCUGGCCCAAGCUGAGAUGUCUACGACUCGAGUCGAAUCCAAUGCUUGUUCCAGAUCGUCGCAUUAAGGGGUGGCCAGGGGCAGAAUAUGGCCUCACGCUAGACACUCUUUUCCCUCUAGUACAGCAAUGUCCCGAGCUGAGGAUUUUGUCACUAUCGCUCUCGUGUAACCUCGGAGAUUUGGGGCGUUCCUGGAAACCUCCUUUGCCACGUUUUCGCCAGCUACAGCAGCUAACUCUCCUCCCUGGACAAAUCCCGAUUCGAUCACCCCAAGAUAUAGCGUUGCUGUUGUAUCGCAUGCUUCCUACAGAUUGUGAUGUUCGCUGCAAGUUCCCUGUCGAUUAUGGGACAUAUGAGACCUACUUUCGCACUCAGCAUCACACUAGACAGCGUGAACUAAUGGAUCUAGAGGCAAAUUCCGCAGAGAGCUGGGGUCAUGUUCGCCGAAGCUGUGUUAUGUUACAGGAUGCGCGAGAGGAGUUGCUGCAGGAACUUAGUGCAGAGGAGACCUGGUAUAGAGAGCCGCAGGAAACCUCGUGUCAAUGCCCACAGGUCGAACAUAUCGAGACGGGGUCGUUGACUUUCAGACUUCUUGACCAUCUGAAAAACCUGAUUUUCCGACCACUUUGGUAGCACUCAAAACGGUUCAGCUUCAUUUGCAUCUGGCCUCGCUGUUCGUUCGCCUUCGUCUUCGUCUUUCCCCCAUUUUGCUUCAUCCUGCAUUCCUCAUUCAUCUGAUCCACCAUUGUUUGAUUCGGAUACUGUAUACUUGACGUUCGAUAACUUCAUUUCGUCUCCCAAAAUAAUAAAUCUCCGGCUGGUCCACUGAUUCCAUCACCUAUUCCAGCGAGACCAAUACAGUAGUGCCUCAAGA